GUACCACACUACAGCACCCUUGAAUUAAUGGCGCUACCACCAUGGUUGAUGACCAUGUCAGUGGCGACUGCGGAUCCCUAUAAAAAGGCCACCUUGCAGCGUGUGUUUGCCACACUGCUCUGCUGCUGCCUCCUCUGAUCUCUCUCUCUCUGUCUCUCCCUCUCUCUCUCUCUCUCUCUCUCUCUCUCUCUCUCUCUCUGUGUGGUGGUCUCCGUCGACUGAUGGAUGCUGUCAAUGACGUCGUGAAGGUUUCGCUCGAAGGCUAUGAAGCUGAGAGUGUGGUGGCUGACGCAGUCAAUGAGGAGGAGGUGGACUUGUCGCGCCGCGCGCAGUGGCUGCGCGCGGCGGUGCUGGGAGCAAAUGACGGGCUCGUCUCGACGGCGUCGCUGAUGAUGGGCAUCGGGGCUGUGAAGGACGACGCGAAGGCGAUGUUGCUUUCCGGGUUCGCUGGUCUGGUAGCCGGCGCGUGCAGCAUGGCCAUCGGGGAGUUCGUGUCAGUGUAUUCGCAGGUGGACAUCGAGGUGGCGGUGCGGAAGAGGAGGGAAAAGCAGAGGGCAGCGGCGACAAUGGAGGAGCAACUGGGAAAGCUACCGAGCCCUGUGCAGGCGGCGGCGGCGUCAGCUCUGGCGUUCUCGGUGGGGGCGGUGGUUCCGCUUUUGGCGGCAGGGUUCAUCGGGAGCUACAGGUUGAGGCUGGAGGUGGUGGUGGCGGCGGCGAGCGCGGCGUUGGUCGUGUUCGGGUGCGCGGGAGCAGCGCUGGGACGGGCUCCGAAGGUGAGGUCGUGCGCAAGGGUGGUGGUGGGCGGGUGGGCCGCCAUGGCCGUCACGUUCGGGCUCAUGAGGUUCGUCGGCGCCAAGGCGCUUUGACUAUAGUCAUCAUCGAAUUUUAAUCCUCCUAUGAAGUUGCUAAAUUUUUAUCUGAUAAAAUGUUUGCUUUCGUGGCCUUUUUAAUUACUAAUGUGUAGUUGAUGGAAUCGAAGCGGUUGCCAUGAAAUCUACAAUUAUAAAAAUGUAGCGAGAUGGAUGGUUGUUCACGCUUCUUUCGUAGUUCAUAGUAUAUAAAUAUCCGUCCCUUCAGAACGGACAGAUAUGAGGUUAAAUCUUGUUUGAUUAUUAGUUGGAUGUUUAUUCUCGCUCAUGUGUUAUUACGGUUUAAGAUUUAUAGUUAUUUAUAAUUUAUCUCU